ACCCAUUAUCGAUAUAGCUUGUCAACAUUUAUGUUAUCGCCAAUAUUAUUAUAAAGACAAAACAAAAAGAUGCGCGACGAAAUUUUAGAUCCCCACAAUUUGGUUAAGAACCGGGAGAUAUUGUACCGGUUAAUGAUAAGCCAGUUAAUGUACGAUGGCUUGGAGAAAUUCGCAAUGGAACUCUCGAUGCUGGUCAAGGCGGAUCAAUGUGCGCCAAGUGAGCGUCUGCUGCACGUCAUGAUAUCGGGAAUGCAAACCAUGUCCGAGAAGGAUAAGAGCAAUACGGACGACGUGUUGCCCGGCAUUGACCUGGAAUUUGAGCCAGAGGCAUCUGCCUUGGCACCGGAGCCGCAUUCCUAUGAAACAGCAUAUGUGACAUCUCACAAGCAGGCAUGCCGUGCCGGAGCGUUUAGCUUUGAUGGUUCCUUGGUAGCAACCGGCAGUGUCGAUGCGAGUAUUAAAAUUCUGGAUGUGGAGCGCAUGUUGGCCAAGUCGGCGCCAGAGGACAUUGAGCCGGGUCGUGAACAACAGGGUCAUCCAGUCAUACGCACAUUGUAUGAUCACACCGAUGAGGUGUCAUACCUUGAGUUUCAUCCUAAGGAGCACAUUUUAGCGUCGGCUUCUCGUGACGGCACCGUCAAGCUCUUCGACAUUGCCAAGCCAUCUGUAAAGAAGGCCCACAAGGUGCUCACCGACUGCGAGCCGGUGCUGUGUGUGUCGUUCCAUCCUACCGGCGACUACAUUGCCAUUGGUACUGAGCACAAUGUGCUGCGGAUCUAUGAUGUACACACCACGCAGUGCUUUGUCAGCGCUAUUCCAUCGCAGCAGCAUAAGUCGGGAGUUACGUGUGUCAAGUACUCGCCUACAGCCAAGCUAUAUGCGACGGGCAGCUUUGAUGGUGAUAUCAAAAUCUGGGACGGCAUCAGUGGUCGUUGUAUCAACACAAUUGCCGAGGCACACAGUGGUGCCGCCAUCUGUUCCCUGCAGUUCACCCGAAACGGAAAGUAUUUGCUGUCAUCUGGCAUGGACUCUAUUGUUUAUCUGUGGGAGCUAUGCACCAGUCGACCAAUACAAACUUAUACGGGCGCUGGCACCACCGGCAAGCAGGAGCAUCAGGCUGAGGCUGUCUUCAACCAUACCGAAGACUAUGUACUCUUCCCAGACGAAGCAACCACCUCUCUGUGCUCAUGGAACUCUCGUAAUGGAUGUCGUCUGACCCUCAACUCCCUCGGCCACAACGGACCCGUGCGCUAUAUAACUCAUUCACCCAAUGCGCCCGCUUUUCUUACUUGCUCCGAUGAUUUCCGAGCCCGCUUUUGGUAUCGUCGUGCCAAUAAUCAAUAAGCGUCUUUUAAGCUAAGAAAUCUAAUAAAAUUAAACUUUUACAAGAAUGAAUCGCUUUAUUUAA